AUGGUAAAGUUAAAGAAAUUGAAGCCGGCAAAGGUUGUUCCAAGGCUGCAUUACGGAGCGCUGCAAAGCGACCCUAAACUGAAAGAAAAGUAUUCAGUGGCGGUAAAGAACCGGUUCCAGGCAUUGUUACAAGAUGGAGAAACUCUUUGGGAAUCGCUAAAGAACGCUCUGGUCGUAACAGCCAAGGAAGUAAUACCGAAAAGGGAGAAGACAUACAGAAGGAAGUGGAUGACAAAGGAGAUCAUGGAACUUAUGAAAAAGAGACAGACUAUAGUCAAGUGGAACAGUGAGGAAUACAAGCAGCUUGACAGAGAGAUCAAGAUCAAAUGCCAAGAAGCCAAAGAGGCAUGGGUAAACACAAAGUGUGAAGAAAUUGAGCAAUCCAAGAACACAGACCCAGCAUCCAAGCACAAGCAAAUCAAAGAUCUUGCAGGGAAGAAAACCUGUUCUUCAUCGGGUUGUUUGAGAGCGAAAGAUGGAACCAUUAUUUUGGAGAAAGAAAAGAUACUGGAAAGAUGGACAGAAUACAUCCAGGAACUGUUCCACGACAAUAGAAGAGAGAAGCCAUUAAUCGAGAAGAACAUGGACGGGCCACAGAUAUUAAAAUCGGAAGUGAGGGCAGCAGUUGGAAAGAUGAGGAAGAACAAGGCAGCGGGGCCAGAUGAGAUAGUUACAGAAAUGGUCACGGCAAUGGAAGACUUUGGGAUCGAAAAACUUACGGAAGUCAUAAACGAUAUCUAUGACAGUGGUAAAAUACCAAAGGAAUUGAGCAAGUCAAUAUUUAUUGCAUUGCCAAAGAAACCGGGAGCCAUAGAAUGUGAGCUACACAGAACAAUCAGUCUGAUGAGUCACAUUAUAAAAAUUAUUCUACGGGUUAUUAUGGCAAGAUCAAGAAGCAGAACAAGACCAGAAAUUGGAAAAGAACAAUGUGGUUUUGUAGAAGAUGCUGAUUACACGAAAGCGUUUGAUAAAGUACAGCAUGAAGAGUUGUUGAAGGCGCUGCAAAGUUUAGAUCUUGAUGGAAAGGAUAUCCGACUAAUUAGAAAUCUAUACUGGGAACAAACGGCAUGCAUGAGACAUCAAUACUCGCUGUAUGCAGCAGGGUCCUCCAAUGCCAAUUCCUUCAGGAGAUUAUCUGAGGAUCCCUAA